AUGAACGGUUUGAUAAGGACAGUGUUUGGUGUGCGCGGUGCUGCUGCGGGUGCUGCUCGCGGUGCCGCGUUGCUCAGGCCCGUGCGGGCCGUUAGACUCUACCAUCCAAAAGUGAUAGAACACUACACGAACCCGCGGAACGUAGGGUCCAUGGAUAAGAAACUGACAAAUGUGGGGACUGGGAUCGUCGGGGCGCCCGCGUGUGGUGAUGUGAUCAAGUUACAAAUCAAAGUCGAUGACCGCACGGGGAUCAUAGAGGACGUGAAGUUCAAGACCUUCGGGUGUGGCUCCGCGAUCGCCUCGUCGAGUUACAUGACGGAACUCGUGCAGGGGAUGUCCCUGGACGACGCAGCCAAGAUCAAGAACACACAGAUCGCCAGAGAGCUGUCCCUGCCUCCAGUGAAGUUGCACUGCUCGAUGCUCGCGGAGGACGCAAUAAAGGCCGCCAUACGGGACUACAAGACAAAGAGAACCACCACAACUGUCCUCCGCUAG